AUGGCGGAAGCUGUAACAACUACUGAUCUGCAAGGUGCCCUCCCCCUUGUCGCCCGGGGCAAGGUGCGCGACUUGUACGAAGUCGACGACAAGACCCUGCUCUUCGUUGCGAGUGAUCGCAUCUCCGCCUACGAUGUGAUCAUGGAGAAUGGAAUCCCGAACAAGGGUAUCCUGCUCACUCUCUGCACCAAGACCUGGUUCCAGAUCCUGUCGGAGGCUAUUCCCACCCUCCGCACCCACUUCCUCACCCUCGAUCUCCCUCCCCAGAUCCCCGAGUCGCUCCGCCCCAAGUUGCAAAACCGGAGCAUGCAGGUGCGCAAGCUCCGCAUUCUUCCCAUCGAGGCCAUUGUCCGCGGGUACAUCACUGGCUCCGCCUGGAAGGAGUACCAGAAGUCCGGCACUGUGCACGGCAUCAAGGUCCCUGCGGGUCUGAAGGAGAGCGAGGCUUUCCCCGAUGGACCUAUCUAUACCCCAAGCACGAAGGCGGAGCAGGGUGAGCACGAUGAGAACAUCCACCCCGACCAGGCCACCGCUAUUGUGGGCGAGCCCUAUGCUUCAACCAUUGCCGCUCUCUCUGUGCAGCUGUACAAGGCCGCGCACGCCUAUGCCCUUGAGCGGGGCGUUAUCAUCGCCGAUACCAAGUUCGAGUUCGGCGUGGACGAGGAGACGAACGAGGUCGUGCUGGCCGACGAGGUCCUGACCCCGGACUCCUCCCGGUUCUGGCCCAAAGACUCUUACGUUAUUGGUCAGGGCCAGUCGAGCUUCGACAAGCAGUACUUGCGCGACUGGCUGGUCUCGGAGGGACUGAAGGGCAAGGAGGGCGUUCGCAUGAGCGACGAGGUUGUGCAGAAGACAGCCGAGAAGUACAAGGAGGCGUGGGAGAGGCUUACUGGCGGCAACUAG